AUGACCCCGCGGGAUCAGGGUGCCUUCGGGAUGAAUGACCCCCCAGGCGGAAUAUCCGAUGAGUUUAUCGGCAAGGCCGAUACUCACAUUACUUUGUGGGAAGUGAUUGGCCGAUCGAUCGUAGUUGCUAUGACACUGGCCAGGCGACGGGAGUGGAGACCUAAGCAUUCGACGGACGCACCUGUCGGACCGCGUAAAUGGUUUCCGACCAAGGAGACUAAGGCUCAAAGGAGAGAAUGA